AUGUCCACAGAGUCUCUAAUUCCUCAACAAUCGCAACGAAGACGAUGUUUUGUUGUAAUUAGGUUUAAUGAUCCAUCCUUGCAGGAUCUCGUUUUGGAAGUAUCCAGUAUACCAUUCAGGGACAUAAACACGAAAUGGUUGCGUAAUAUGGUUCGUCAAAUGAGGCCCUCUCAGACAAAUAAUCAUAGGUUGAAAUUUAUACGCAGUGGUCAGCCUUUGAAUUCGCAGUCGGACCUACGAUUACAGCAGUUCUUCGAAACAGCAGAUGAAAAUGAUAAAUACUACGUACAUUGCAUUGUUGGUCCUGUAUUAUCUGCGGAUCAGCACCAAAAUGAAGAUGCUUUAGAUGAUAUAGGGCAACAGCCUGAUGGAGCCACUUCGCAGGCGAUUGGUUUUGACAGGUUACGUAGUGUGGGGUUCAGCGAUGAUGAGAUUGAACUGCUGCGUCAGCAGUUCAGAGCGACGUACGGGGACCUAGAUGAAAAUAGGCAGCAGAAUGGUGGUGAAGGAAGCGAUAUUCGGCAGCUAGAAGAGCAGUGGAUUGAAACGGGUGCUACUGAACAAGGAGGACAAUUUAACAGUAUUCCCAUUGCCAACUACAAAUACAACAUGGACUUGCUUGCUGGACUGGUCAUAGGCUGCCUUUUGGGAGUUUUUAGCAUUCUUCUAAUGAAGCACGAGGGUCUUUUUUCGAGAAGACAGAAGAUGGCCGUUGUCGUAGGUGUUAUGAUAAAUAUUACGUUUGGAGUACGGAAUAUCUAG